GCAGUGCGAUUCUGAUUAGUUGUUACGUUACGUCCCGUUUCUCUACCUACCGUUCGACAGGCACAUCGGGUACCCUUUUCGGUACCGUUUAAAAUUUGAUUCUAAUCAUCUCUCGAGUAACGGCUACGAAAACUACGAUAACGCUUGGUGCAGCAUGGUUUGUUUUGAAGGUUUAAUUUAGAAAAUAUACCAGAGGCAUGGCUUAUUGAGUUUUUAGAAUUAAUAAAACAAGAAAUAAUAGGUCCCGAGUGAAUUUGACAGCUAUACUCGAGACAUCUGGAACGUAAGUUGGAAUUAGAAUCGCUCAAAUUGUAAACUCGGGACAUCACGUCUUGAAAACGUCAAUCAGAAUCGGGUAGCAGAACUUGCAGGUUCGGAACAGUUCUGGCGAAACCAAAACAGCAAAUAUCUACUGCACAUGCUCCAAAGGUUCUGGAAGAGUUCUAGAACAGUUACGAAAGUGAACCAAAACAAAGCUUAUGUGAUAACAUAACUUAGAAAUAUUUAUUUUAACAAUUAAUAUUAUGUAGAUACAUUCAAAUUUUGCGUCCAGUUCUGUAGCAAUUAAGUUAAAUUUAAUCUAUAAGCUGAAAUUUAUAAAAUAUGCAGGUGGUAACUUAUGGCAGCUAUGAGAUUUACUGAUCAAGAUAUAGAUCGAUUUAAUGACAAAAUAAGUAAUGUAUUGCAAAAUACAAGAUGUAAACAAAUCUACAAUAAUUACCUCAAGAAAUAUAGUCCCCCUAAUUGUAAUGCAUUUAAACUGUGGGAACAAGCACACAGUACCAAAGAAUAUAAUGAAGAUUUACUUUUAGAUAUGAUCGAAGAUGUGGAUGGAUUCAAUGAUAACCCAUUGCUAACACUAGCCGAGCCUGAACAUAAAUUAAUUUAUAUUAAACAGGAAUGCUGUAGGAUAUUAGAGAAAUCACGUUCAAAUUUCAUUCAGUUUUUAAGAACACAUCACAUGUAAAAAUUUAUUAAAUAAAAUGGUACACUUUGAA